GGUGCCGAAACCCGCAGGCUGCUGAUUGUCCUUAGUGGUGGCCACGGCUGCAGCCUCCGUACUUCGGUCCCGGGCUGCCGACGCCUGAGAGAGCGCUCCUCCCGCGGCCACGGCCGCUCGGAGCAGAAACGGCCUGCACGGGGACACACAGAUCUCGGUAGUCGGCCCGGGAGUGGCUGCAGGGGUUGGCAUCUCGGCCGCCUUCCAGGGGAGUGAGUUGGCAGCACUGGGUCGGCCUCAGCAUCAUGCCCGCGCUGUCCACAGGCUCGGGGAACGACACAGGUCUGUAUGAGCUGUUGGUGGCUCUGCCAGCCCAGCUGCAGCCACAUGUGGACAGCCAGGAAGACCUGACCUUCCUCUGGGAUGUGUUUGGUGAAAAAAGCCUGCAUUCACUAGUCAAGAUUCAUGAGAAACUUCACUACUACGAGAAGCAGAACCCUGUGCCCGUCCUCCAGGGUGCGGCAGCCUUGGCCAAUGAUCUGGCGGAGGAGCUUCAGAACAAGCCAUUAAACAGUGAGAUCAGAGAGCUGUUGAAGCUACUGUCAAAACCCAAUGUGAAGGCUUUGCUCUCUGUGCAUGACACUGUGGCUCAGAAGAAUUAUGAUCCUGUGUUGCCUCCUAUGCCCGAUGACAUUGAUGAUGAGGAAGACUCAGUGAAAAUCAUCCGCCUGGUCAAAAAUAGAGAACCACUGGGAGCCACUAUUAAAAAGGAUGAGCAGACCGGGGCCAUCGUGGUGGCCAGGAUCAUGAGAGGAGGGGCUGCAGACAGAAGUGGUCUUAUUCAUGUUGGCGAUGAACUUAGGGAAGUGAAUGGGAUAUUGGUCGAGGAUAAAAGGCCUGAGGAAAUAAUCCAGAUCUUGGCUCAGUCUCAGGGUGCAAUAACGUUUAAGAUUAUACCCAGCAUCAAAGAAGAGACACCGUCGAAGGAAGGCAAGAUGUUUAUCAAAGCGCUCUUUGACUAUGACCCUAAUGAGGAUAAAGCAAUUCCAUGUAAGGAAGCCGGGCUUUCUUUCAAAAAGGGAGAUAUUCUUCAGAUUAUGAGCCAAGAUGAUGCAACGUGGUGGCAAGCGAAGCAUGAAGGAGAUGCCAACCCCAGAGCAGGACUGAUUCCCUCUAAGCAUUUCCAGGAAAGGAGACUGGCUCUGAGACGACCAGAAAUAUUAGUCCAGCCCCUGAAAGUUUCCAAUAGGAAAUCAUAUGAGGAGACAGUUGAGAGUGAGGAAAUUAAAGAAGAUGCUGAAUAUGGUGAUAUCAGCAGUGGAACCUAUCUCGCUGGUUUUAGAAGAAGUUUCCGUCUUAGUAGAAAAGAUAAGAAAACAAAUAAAUCCAUGUACGAGUGCAAGAGGAGUGACCAGUACGACACAGCCGAUGUGCCCACGUAUGAGGAAGUAACACCGUAUCGACGGCAGACGAAUGAGAAGUACAGACUCGUUGUCUUGGUUGGUCCUGUCGGAGUAGGUUUGAAUGAACUGAAGCGAAAGCUGCUGAUCAGUGACACACAGCACUAUGGCGUGACAGUGCCCCAUACCACCAGACCAAGAAGAAGCCAGGAGAGUGAUGGUGUUGAAUAUAUUUUCAUUUCCAAGCAUUUGUUUGAGACAGAUGUACAAAAUAACAAGUUUAUUGAAUAUGGUGAAUAUAAAAACAACUAUUAUGGCACAAGUAUAGACUCCGUUCGGUCUGUCCUGGCUAAAAACAAAGUUUGUUUGUUGGAUGUUCAGCCUCAUACAGUGAAGCACUUAAGGACACUAGAAUUUAAGCCGUUUGUGAUAUUUAUAAAGCCUCCAUCAAUAGAGCGUUUGAGGGAGACAAGAAAAAAUGCAAAGAUUAUCUCAAGCAGAGAUGACCAAGGUGCCGCAAAGCCCUUUACGGAAGAUGACUUCCAAGAAAUGAUUAAAUCUGCCCAGAUAAUGGAGAGUCAGUAUGGUCAUCUUUUUGACAAAACUAUAGUAAAUGAUGAUCUUGCUGUGGCCUUCAAUGAGCUGAAAACAACUUUUGACAAAUUGGAGACAGAUACUCAUUGGGUUCCAGUGAGCUGGUUACAUUCAUAACUAAGGGAAGUUUUCAUAAUGAUCUUUUUUUUUUGUAGAGUGCAUGAUUAAAUCAGUUACCAUUUUGGUGGUAGGGUUUUUUUUAAUCUAUAUCACUGUUAGAGAUGUGCAAUCUUGGUUAAAACUGAAUGUUGAUUUUGUAUCUUUUUAUAGUCUUAUUUCAAACACAGUGUUUGAGUAUAAGAUCCAGAAUUAAAAUGUGCACAGUACUGUAUUCUGAGCAGAGCUUUGAACCGUCUGGCUGUCUUGAGUACAAAGCUCCACCUCCAAGAGGAGGUGGAACUUUUUAUAGAAAGUCUUAGCUAGAGUAUACACAUGGGCGUCCAGUGCUUCUGCUGGUCUCAGAUGUGGUCACUGCCUUUGCCAUUUGCAUGUUAGCCAUUGAGGAUGAUAAGUUUACAGCUUUGAGCAGCUCCAGACAAGACAGCUUAGGUGUACUUUGGGUAAAUCAUCAUAGAUGGACCUGGACUGGCAGUAAGGUGGAGUCCUCUUAACUAUCUUAAAAGUGCAACAUUUUCUCUUAC